GACUGACAUGCUCCCGUUUCUGUACGAUUUAUGGGUCGUUCUUUAAUUACUUGUUAACACAGCCCCUUUACCCCGCGAAGCCAUAUUGUUCCUUCCUUCACUUGUCAGCUCCCCAAGUAGAAAAGUAAUCUCAAUAAAUCUCAGACUUAAAAACUUUCGACUUGUCUUCUGUGUUUAUUUCUCCUAGCUUACAUGCUUGGCUUCGCUCCACACCCCCGCGUAACAUUACAAGCAUCCUUAGUUGCUCAUCAUGUCUGACCAGUACGGUGGCCAUCAGUACAAUCAGUACGGGGCACCGCCACAUGGCAAUAACCAAUAUGAUGGAUAUGGAGGUCAACCAGGAAACUAUCCUACACAUAACCAAUACGGGCAGCCUCCGCAGCAUGGCUACUAUCAAUCUACACCCGCUUACGAUCAGCAACCUCAUACCCAGUAUCCCUCGUACGGCCAGCAGCAGAAUUAUCCCCCACCCUACAGCGCCGGCCCCCAACAAGGCGGAUAUCCUGGCGAUUAUGGCCACGGGCAAGGCUCGUAUAUGAGCCCACCGCAAGAUGGUGGCCACUCCCCCUACCCCCAGCAGCAAUAUCAUCAGGGUGAGAGUGCUUCGUAUUACGGCGCUAGCUCGCAGUCAGACUACGCUUCUCAGCCGGGACAGGAAGGGGAGAAAGGGCUUGGCUCAACAAUUCUUGGGGCUACCGGGGGUGGUUUUGUUGGCCAUAAGGUUGGGGGCGGACUACUGGGCACCGCAGGAGGUGCAUUGGUUGGAGCUAUAGGCGCGAAUAUGGCCAACAAAGCCCAUAAGAAGCACAAGAAGGAUAAAAAGCACAAGAAGGAAAAGAAGGAUAAGAAACACCACCACAAGCGCAAGUCCAGUUCCAGUUCGUCGAGCUCGAGUUCGAGUUCAAGCUCUUCCGAUUAGGUAGCUUAUAAGGGGCAAACGAUGUGGCAACGCUGGUGAUACUUUAUUUUUGCUCUAUCAUGACCACAAGAGCAGGAGCAGGAUACCUUAUCUGUAACAAACGCUGGUGUUAAAAUGUUAGUCUGUUGUUGUGGAAGCUUUCUGUGCUCUGUAUUUCCCUAUCCUUAGCUG